AUGGGGAGCAACAUUGAGCAAAGCCAAGAUGAUGUUCCUCAUGAGAAAAAUCUUAAGGGAAAGACAGUUACUAGCCAGAAAUUAAAGCGACACGACUCCUUAGAUUUGGAAUCCAGCAAAAUGCCCGGUGCCAAGCAGGUAGUGGGAUGGUCAGUGAUAAUGAAACUGGCAUUUCAGAGCUUAGGGGUUGUGUACGGAGAUAUUGGAACGUCACCAUUGUACGUGUUUUCGACCAUUUUCCUUGAUGGUAUAAAACAUGAAGAGGAUGUACUUGGCGCUCUUUCUCUCAUCAUUUACACUAUCACUUUGAUUCCUGUCGUCAAGUAUGUCUUCAUUGUUCUCCAAGCUAACGACAACGGAGAUGGAGGUACAUUUGCGUUAUAUUCAUUGAUAUGCCGAUAUACUAAGGUGGGAUUAAUUCCAAGUACACAGGCAGAAGACAAAGAUGUGUCGACUUUUAAACUUGAUAUGCCAGAUAGACGUACACGUCGAGCUUCAAAGCUUAAGUCAACGCUAGAAAACAGCAACUUUGCAAAGUUCUUUUUGUUAUUAGCCACAAUGCUUGGUACUUCCAUGGUUAUUGGAGAUGGUGUCCUCACGCCCUUUUUGUCUGCUGUUGGAGGAGUCAAAGCAGCUGCUCCCUCAGUCAUGACUGAAGAUAGAAUCGUGUGGCUUUCAGUAGCCAUCUUGAUAUUGCUAUUCGUGUUUCAAAGAUUUGGAACUGAAAAAGUUGGCUACACAUUUGCACCUAUACUUUGCAUGUGGUUUGUUUUGAUUGCUGGCAUUGGCAUCUACAACUUCGUGACCAUUGAUAUAACUAUAUUCCGAGCUCUUAAUCCUAUGUACAUCGUCGCCUAUUUUCAAAGGAACGGAAAGGAUGCUUGGGUUUCCCUUGGCGGGGUUGUUAUGUGCAUAACAGGAGCUGAGGCACUAUUUGCUGACGUUGGUCAUUUUACUGUUAGAUCUGUACAAAUAAGCAUGUGCUGUGUAACAUACCCAGCGCUCAUAUUAGCAUAUCUUGGUCAAGGCGCCUUUUUAACAAAGCACAGUGAUGAAGUUGCUGAUACUUUCUACAAGUCCUUACCUAAGAGUAUAUAUUGGCCAAUGUUUGGGGUAGCUGUAUUGGCAGCCAUCAUUGCAAGUCAAGCCUUGAUCUCUGGGACUUUCGCUAUAAUCCAACAAUCCCUUGCAUUAGGAUGUUUUCCUCGUGUUAAAAUUAUGCACACAUCAAAAAAGCAUCAUGGUCAAAUCUACAUUCCUGAAAUCAAUACCCUUCUCAUGUUGGCUUGUGUUCUUGUCACUCUUGCGUUCAGAACCACUGAAAAGCUUAGCAAUGCAUAUGGAAUAGCGGUGGUGUUUGUGAUGGUACUAACAUCAUGCUUCCUCGUACUAGUCAUGAUCAUGAUAUGGAAAACUCACAUUCUUCUUAUAAUCGCCUACGUUCUAGUCAUUGGUUCGGUUGAGCUUGUAUACCUAAGUGCAGUCCUGUACAAGUUUGAUCAAGGUGGUUACCUUCCACUGGCUUUUGCAAUGUUCCUAUUGUUUAUCAUGUACGUAUGGAAUUAUGUGUACCGAAAGAAAUACCACUUCGAGCUAAAAAACAAGAUCUCUCCUGAAAAAGUUAAAGAAACGGUCGAUGAGACAAAUUCAUAUCAUCGUCUUCCCGGACUUGCAAUUUUCUAUUCUGAGCUUGUACAUGGAAUUCCACCAAUUUUCAAACAUUAUGUGGAGAAUGUGCCAGCUUUACACUCUGUCCUUGUCUUUGCUUCGGUCAAAUCGCUUCCCAUAAGCAAAGUGCCAUUAGAAGAAAGGUUCCUCUUCCGCAGGGUGAAGCCAUAUGAUCUCUACGUGUUUCGUUGUGUG